AUGGCAAAGAAAUCGUGUUUCUUCAGCCUUCGUGGCGCUAUGAGGGCAUUUCGACAACAGAAGGACGCAGUCCUCGUAUGGGUGAAUGUACUCAGCAUUGACCAACAAAACUCUGUAGAGAAGAUACAGAGAAUUCAGCUCACGACCAGAAUCUACAGCUCGGCCAAGUCUGUCGCCAUCUGGCUGGGACCCGAAGCAGAUGAGAGUGGCACUGCCACAAGGAACCUUCAUCUACCGCGAAGCCGGUCUCUUAACCUGAGCCAGCUGAUCUGA